ACCCCACAAAGUCAUCUGCGGACACCCAGCCCACCUCACCUUCUCGUCUCAGGUGGGCCAGCAUCGACUUGACUGAAGAGGAGGACGAGGACGAAGACCUCCACUCGAGAUCCUCCUCGUUCCAUUCGCCAGCUACUUCGUUCAUCUCCACUCCCAAUAGCUCGCCCUUCAGCGGCACCUUCAAGAUGUCGCCCCCUGACAAAAUCGUCAGCAGCGCGAGCCAGUAUGACGCAGUAGACCCGCUCGAUGAUCUUGGCGAGGCCUUGGAUCAUCAGCUCACCCUCGACUCGGAUCUGCCUAAUGUUGACCAGCUCCCGUCGGAUGUUUUCAGACUCCAAGAAAUGAUCCGCGACAGUCGCGCAGUCAUUGAGAGGAGGAAUCGGUCCCUCCUGGCAUCCAAGGAUCGCCUCGAGAAGCUGUCGCGCUCUCACGAUGAGCUCUUGGAGCGUUCAGCGCUAUGGAAGGAUGAGCUCGAGACGCUACAGGCCAGCCACGCUGACGUGCAGCAGCAACUCGGCUCUAGCAUGGCCGACAAUGAGAGGCUAGGAGAGCAGAUCAAGGACCUGCGUCACACAUCAGAGGAGAGCAGGAGAGCCAUUCUGCGUCUGCAGGGAGAGAGGAAAUCGGCGACCGGCGGUGUUGCAGGAGAUAGGAGGAGCGUCGCUGCGGGCUCUCUAGCUGGAUGGAACCCAUCGAUGCUUGGUGGCGAGCCCAGCGGUUCAGGCUCUACCCCGGAUGACGGCGGCAGAAGCAGCAAGCGUUCGACGAUCUUGUUCGGCGCGCCUACUGCUGCGAGUCGCAGACAUACUCGCAGCGGCUCGGGCGUGGGAGUAACGCCCUCAUCAAGCCAGACUGAUUCUCAAAACGACGUGGAGAGGACACCGCAGCAAGCUUCUUCUGGAGGACUGCGAGGUCUGCGAUUGGGCUUCGACCGCCCUUCAGAAGCCGAUGGUGAUGAGACGGUCGGCGAAGAGUCAUCUACGAGAAGACCUCUGUCACGCAGAUCACUCCUCUUGCCUCCCAGCGGCAAUGCCAAUCGCCCGUCCUCAACCUCCAGCGUCUCGCCAACCCCGUCAGCAAGCGGCAGCGGUCUCGGCAGCCCAAUCAUGGACGGCCAAUUCCUCCCGCUGCCUUCCUCGCCCGCCCUGUCGGCGUCUGAAGGCGGCGACGUAUCUACGGCUAGAGCAAGCACCCAAACCUUCUCCACCGCUGGGGCCGCAGGCAUGAGCGCGAUGCAGAUCAUGCGCCUGAAGGACGACGAGCUGGCGAAGAUGCAGGCCGAGAUGAAGACCCUACGCGGCAAGCUGGACGAGGCCAUCGAGGGGCGUCGUGCGAGUGACGCAUGCCUCAAGGCUCUGAAGGAGUUCAUUGGCGAAGGGGGACCAGAGGGAGGAGAGGAAGCACGCGCUGCGCUGCGAGGUGUCAAGCUGCCUCCCUUACCUACGGACGACGAGGAGGAGGAAGGCGGGGCCAAGUCCGGCCAGAACGGCAGCGUUACGGACAAUUGGUGGUCCUCCGUCAUGCGCAAGGCCAGCUCUGCGACGCCCGCAGCCACCAACCCGAAGCGAGUCGGAUCCACUGCUACCACGGCACCAUCAGUCACUUCGGCCAGCGGGCCCAGCUCAGAUCUUCUGUCGACGUCGCCGAGCAACCAAAGCAACACAUCCGCCUCUGGACGAUCGUGGGGCGCAGCAGAAGCCUCUUCGCCCAUUCCUUCGUCGUCUGGCGUCGUUGGUGGCUCCUCAGCAGGUGGGCUCGCGUCGUUCGGCUCCUUCUUUGCUCGCUCGACCAGUAGCAGCAGCUCAAGCCCGCAGCCCCCCAACCCGCCGUCCAAGAGCCCAGAAAAUUUGCGACCCAUCGACCAUCGAAGCUAUUCUACGUCGAGUGGAACGUCAGAUGUCAGCGGGGGCAGUGGUGCUGGAGCGGAGGGAGUCAAUGGCUCGCCACGACGGCCAGCGAAUGCUGCGCUUAAUCGUCUCAGCAACUGGUUCUCCAAGCCACAGCAAUGGUGUUGGGCUAGGCCUGGUGGGAGCCGGGAGAGGUGCCCUCACAUCGCCUUCACCGUCGGGUGAGGCUGCCCUCCCCCUUCACAAGGAGGUGCCCUUGAAUGCUAAAGCGGCGAAGGCGGAUUCGAGGUCAUCGGACGUAGGAGAGGAUGGAGGACUCAUGGAGGGGCCGCUGGUCGCGCCCAGUUUCGAUUAGACGACGAGCACGACUGCGAAGUGACUGCUAGCUAGCCAGCGAGUUCGUGGACGCUUUGGGAUGGGAGAGAAGUCAUGGGUCGUGUAGACAUAUAGAU